CAGCAUAAUAUUAUGUUGGAAAACAAACACUGCAUCAAUGACUACAAUCGUUGAAGAAAGUGACGAUGACAAUAAGGGAGGUCAUGAUGAUGUUCAAAUAUUGGAAAGUGUAGAUGAUAUUAAAAAAACAAAACAAAAAAUCCCAUUAUCUGUUGAAAAUAAAUAUAGAUCACUAAUAUCUAUUCUUUCUAAUAUGAGCAUGCAUGAGUUAACAGGUGCACUCUGUAACUUCAUUAAAUCAAUCAAAUACACCGAGAUUUUAGAGAAAGUAUGGAUCCAAAGUUCAAAUCCAUAUCCAAUUAGCUUGUCUCUCGGAAAGCUACAAGGAAUGCUACAGGAUGAUUUACCCAUGGAUCGAGAUUGCUUUAAUUUGGUCAUACGGAAGAUUAUGUUUGAUGACAUCCAAACGGCACAAAAAACAAAACAAUUGAUAACAAAGCAUUAUGUUGACAUGAAAUUUUGGAUGACUACUGAUUUUGGACGACACCCAAAAUUCCGCAAAAAGUUAGACGUGGAGCAACUAGCAAAUUCUGUUCGCAGUUGGCCUGGUAUCAAAUAUAAUGUUUCAACAUGCAAAUCGAUAACAUGCCUGACGGUGUACUUGAAUUCAUCAGUUGUAUCAGGAAAAUCCAAUGUAAAACUGAUGAUUGGUGGCAAAUGA